AGGAGUAGUAUAUCCAUGGAGGCGACCAUGGUAGUAAUGGUACACGCCCUUGCCGCCAUCCUUACACUCUGGCUGAUCUCGAGGUCCCUGUGGCAUCUGGUAUGGAGGCCGUAUGCCUUCGCCGGCUGGUUUGAACGGCAGGGGAUACGAGGGCCACCUUACAGAUUCGUCCUUGGGUCUUUGUGGGAGAUGAAACAGAUGUUGAUUGCCGAGAGAGGAAAGACGCCUCUGGAUAUCGGCAGCCACGACUACACCUCCCGCGUCAAUCCUUUCUUUCACAAAUGGGCCGCCGAUUACGGGAAAACAUUUCUGUACUGGUUGGGACCAACACCGACGAUAUAUUCUACCGACUUGGAGCUAGUCAAGCAAGUACUGGAAGACAGGACCGAGUUGUUCCAGAAGGACUACCUGAACCCAAGCUUGGAACGCAUCUUCGGCAAAGGGCUUCUGACCACAAACGGUGAUGACUGGGAACGGCAUCGCAGAGUCGUAUACCCGAUCUUCUACCACGAGAACCUCAAGUCUGUGUCAGCUAUGACAAGGGAAAGCACACAAAAGAUGAUUGUGCAAUGGUGCAACCUAAUAGAAAAGGGUGACGGCCACCAAGCCAAGAUAGACAUGGGGUGCUACGCUGAAGAGUUGACUCUAGGAGUCAUCGAACGGGUGAUCUUCGGCGCGCACUACAAAGAAGCCCGGGAGGUGUUCGCCGAGGGCAAGGAGAUCAAGAAGCUCGCGGUGCAUGCGCUUGCAGAUCCUCGAAUACCCGGAUUUAGAUACCUGCCGACCCGCCGUAACUUUCAGGCAUGGAAACUUGACAGGUCGAUAACGAGCAAGAUAACACGGCUCAUAAAGGAGCGGCUUGCCAGUGGUGUCGACGGAGAUGACCUAAUCGGGUUGAUGCUGCGGGCAAACAAGUCAGAAGAAGUCGAGUCAUUGAGCAGCGAUGAGAUGAUCAGUGAGUGCAAGACCAUCUUCGCCGCAGGGCAGGACACAGGUGCCACCCUCCUCACCUGGGGGAUGUUCUUGCUCACCAUCUACCCAGAAUGGCAAGAGAGGCUCAGGGAGGAAGUGCUGAGAGAAUGCAGGGAUGAUGAUGGCGAAGCCCCCUAUAUCAAUAGCAUCCAAGUCCUUGGCAAACUCAAGCUACUUAACAUGUUCCUUCUUGAGACACUGAGGCUCUACAGUCCCCUGCCGUUCUUGCUGAGGAAGACCGCGUCUGACACAACAUUAGCAAACAUCAAAUUUCGAAAAGGAACCAUGAUAACAAUUCCGGUCAUGACGUUGCACCGGAGCAAGGAGAUUUGGGGCCUCGACGCCGACGAGUUCAACCCCAUGAGGUUUGAGAAAGGCGUCUUGGGGGCUGCCAACAACACGUAUGCAAUGUUGGCCUUCUCAUGCGGGCCACGUGGGUGCCCAGGGAGGAACUAUACCAUGAUCGAGGUGCAGACUGUGAUGACGAUGAUCCUGAGAAGAUUCUCCUUCUCCCUCUCUUCCCAGUAUGUUCACAUGCCCAGGAACUUCAUCUCACUUGCACCUAGGUAUGGCCUUCCCCUAAUCGUGAGGAAACUGAUGGAUGGAGAAAAAAAGUGACAUUUAAUAUAUUAAUUUGUGUCGUUUGUAAUAAAUAAUAUCUAUGUUCUGCCUAGAAAAGAGGCAAGAUGGAUGUGCGGCGUGUGAUGUGCUUUGUAAAAUUGAUGUGAUUUGGGAAGGUGGCACACAAGUAAAUAAACUCCAAUCUUGGUUGUGUA